AUGACGGAACUGGACAACUACCGCCCGCCUGCCGCGCGCCCUUGGCCCCCUUGCCGCUGCUGCGCACAUUCGCCGAAGCCUUGGGCGGCUUCUGAAACAACGAGGCCGCCAAGUCCCCCAUCAACAAGUUCCUCUUCUUCGUCUGCUCAUCGGCCUUCCGCGCCAAAGCGGGGUGACGUCACUGCUGGGGGAAGCGCAGGCGUGGACGCGGCGAGUUGGGGCCGCAAGCUGCUGGAAGCGAGCAGCGAUGCUGACGUGGACGUGGGUGGCGAGGAGGAGCAGAUGGGGGACGAGGUGACGACGGACGGGCUGGACGAGGCGGUGCGGGUGCUGCUGAGCUGGAAGAAGAUCAAGAACGGGAUCAAGAACGCGGCGAGCAAGGCGGGAGGGGUGGCGAAGAAGGUGGUGCAGAAGGGCGGCGUGGAGGCGCUCAAGGCGGCGGCCAAGGGGUACAGCAACGGCGGCAUGGAGGGCGCGCUCAAGGCCGGCGGUGGCUCGCUUGCGCGCACCGGGAAAACGAUGGUGUAG